AAACCAGCCUCAACUUUCAAAUUAUAAAAUAAAAUUGCCCAUAUGUGAGUCAACUAAUACAUAUGGCUCAAUUAAAAAGAUACUAUUAGUUUAUUCACACUUGACAAGCCAAUCCAAAAGUCAACCAAAUCAUCAUCUCCCUCAAAGCUCAAACAAAAUUAUAUUUUCCAACUUAUUUAACUCUUUAUUUUCCAGAUUACCAACCCCAACUACUGAAUCAUAGAAACUUAUCUCUCUCUUAAUUUUUCUUAUUGUUUUUUUCCAGUCUUACCAACCGGUUAAAGUUACUAAACAAGAUAUUUUAGAAUUACAUAAUUAAUUUAUAGUAUGAUGCAAUGUACUGUAAUAGUUUAUAUAUCUCUUAAUUAAUAUACAGAUACUUUUUUUUAAGGAAAAAAAAAACUCUUUAUUUUCCCACAUCUCAUUUUCAUUCAUUGAACUCUCCUUCUUCAAACAAUGGAUCUCCAACAACUUCUUCUUCUUCUUCUCUUAACCCUUCUUCCAGUAAUCAUCCUCCUCAUUCUCAGACACAAAAAUGGAAGAGUACAUCGCCGUCCUCCGCCGCCGGGUCCUCCGGGGAUUCCGGUCAUCGGAAACUUGCAUCAGUUCGAUCAUUCAGCACCUCACAAGUACUUAUACCAACUCGCUCAAAAAUACGGCCCGCUUCUUUCCCUCAAGCUCGGGUCGUUGCCGGUGGUGGUGGUUUCCACCGCGAGAAUGGCGGAGGAGGUGAUGAAAAACCAUGAUCUGGUGUUCUGCAGCCGGCCGCCGAUGGUCGGACAGCUGAAGCUGUCGUACAACGGCUUGGACAUCGCGCUGGCUCCGUACAACGAGAAAUGGAGAGAGAUGAGGAAGAUUUGCGUUCUUCAUUUGUUGAGCAUCAAAAGGGUUCAAUCGUUUCGGCCGGUUCGAGAAGAUGAAGUUUCCCGGAUGAUCGGAAAAAUUCGCCGGGAAGCUGCUGAUCAUAAAAUCACAAAUCUGAGUGCCACGGUAAUGUCAUAUGCAACUACGCUGAUCUGCAGAGUUGCUUUUGGUAAAAGUUAUAAUGAAGAAGACCAUGAAGGGAGGAGAUUCAGCAAUCUCCUGCGUGAUGCGCAAAACGCUUUUGUCGGGUUUUAUUUUACGGAUUUCUUCCCGAAAAUUGGUUGGUUGGAUCAUUUCACAGGAAGAUUAUCUCGACUUGAGAAAGUAUUUCAAGAACUUGAUUCAUUUUAUCAAGAAUUAAUCGAUGAACAUUUGGACUAUGCUAAUCGGCCCAAGUCAAUGGAUGGUGAUAUUAUCGAUCUCAUGCUUCAGUUAAUCCAAGUCAACUCAUCAUCAUCAUCAACCUCUUCAUUCCAACUCACCAUGGAUCACAUCAAGGCCAUGCUUAUGGAUGUACUUUUUGGUGGGACGGGUACUUCAGCUUCUACAAUUAUAUGGGCUAUGACGGCGCUGAUGAAGAAUCCGACAAUGAUGAAAAAACUGCAGAAUGAAAUCAAUGACUUCCUUGAAAAACAACAAAAAACAACUGUUGAUGAAGACGACGUUGAAAAGCUUCCUUAUCUCAAGGCUGUUGUUAAGGAAACUCUAAGGUUGUACCCUCCAGCUCCUCUUUUGCUCCCGAGGUACACAGUGGAAAACUGCGUUCUAGAUGGUUAUGAAGUUCACUCCAGCUCUAUUGUGUAUGUGAACGCGUGGGCAGUCGCGAGAGAUCCAGAGCAUUGGGAAAAUCCAGAUGAGUUCUUGCCGGAGAGGUUUUUGGAUGGGAAAGUUAAUAACGUUGAUAUAGAUAUAAGCGGGCGGGAGUUUCAGUUCAUCCCGUUUGGAGCAGGUCGAAGAGGUUGUCCUGGAAUUUCUAUGGGUCUAUUGACUGUGGAGUUAGCAUUAGCUAAUCUUUUGCGCACAUUUGACUGGGAACUGCCUCCAGGGAUGAAGAAAGAGGGCAUAGACACUGAUGUUGUGCCGGGUCUAACAAUGCUCAAGAAAAAUGAUCUUCGACUUUUUGCAAGACAAGUAGGUGCAACUAGCUAGAUGAACCUUGCUUAAGUGAAGAAUUAGAUAAUUAAUUCCGAGAUAUGUUACUCAGUUGAAUCAUGAUGGAUGAGCGUGUCUCGUAACUUAAAAAGACAAUCAAUGAAAAUGGUGUAAAGAUAUUUUACUCACAUCGAAUUGCCAUUUUCACUGGGUUCAUUACCUUAAAAUGCUUGAUUUGGUCUUAAAACGGCCAUUGCUAUCGAUACCAUAUUAAACCAAAAGUAAAUGAACUCCAGGGCAAACCUAUGAGAGUGAGACAUUGUAUUGUGUCUAUGUGGCGAUUGGACAGAAACGCUCAACUGUGGCACACUUAGUUCGAAGAUGAAUCCUUUUGGUUUUCUCUUACACUUAGUUAUUGCUCAUUUUGUAUGGAACAUGCAGUCAACAACACAAG